AUGAAUGUCGGAGGAAUUAUCGCAAGUAUCUAUCUUAUCCCAACCACUUUUGUUCUCCUGGCGCUCGAGCUCGGCUACCUACGCUCUCACGCAGGAGUUAUUGGGCGUAUGCAGACCCUGCGUAUCGUCGGGCUCCAAUUUGCCAGCGCCAUGAUGACAGGUAUCUCCUGGUACACCAUCAAAUUUUUUAUCCCUUGCUGCGUUGCUUUUGGGAUGUCCGUUGGGAUAAUGAAUCUCGUGGCGAUCUAUUACAUACUUUGGGGUAGACAUGCCAGGAAGAUGGGCUCUAUGCUUCUACCGAAAUGGCGACAAGUCCCCAAGUCCGAUUAUAGGUCUGCUUUUAAUGCGCGCGACGGAGAAGAGGAUGCACUGUUGUUGAUCAGGAAUAGGUCUGAGACAGAUAUUGAGAGCGCAAGAACCAACCAGAGUUCAUCGUCGCACGAUGGUCCUAAGAUUGUCAAUGUUGAUUAA